UAUCGUGUUUUGGUUAAAAUUUUAAUUUUUAAGGAAAUAUUGGAUUGUUUCAUAAAACAUCAUAAAUAAAAAUAAUUAACAGGUAAUUAAUUAAGAAGCUGAGUUGUCCUUUUGAAAUGGCGCCCUCCACGGAUUGGGAUGAAAUUAAAAGAUUGGCAGCUGACUUCCAAAAAGCUCAAUUGAGUUCAACUUCUCAAAGGCUUUCUGAAAGAAACUGUAUAGAAAUAGUUUCAAAACUAAUAGAGCUGAAACUAAUUGAUGUGAUAUUUACAAAUGAUGGAAAAGAAUAUUUGACAUCACAGCAGUUGAUCAGAGAGAUAAAAGAUGAGAUCUAUGUUCGUGGAGGCCGAGUCAACACAGUAGAAUUAGCUAAGGAACUGAAUGUUGACCUUAAUCAAAUAAACUUAAAUGUAGCUGAAAUUGUAAAGGGCAAGGAGGUUCAACUGGUCUCAGGGUCAUUGAUCACAAAUUACUAUUUAGAAAAAAUUGCAAGGGAGAUAAAUGAAAAGUUACAGCUUUUGGGCCAGAUAUCAGUUGGUGAUCUUACAUUACAAUAUGAUCUUCCCGCUGAAUUACUUCUGCACAGUGUUCUGGAGAAGUAUUUGGGCAAAUUAAUAAUUGGAAGGCAAGAUCCAUCUGACAACAGAAUAUUUUACACUGAGGAGUAUCUUAUGAGGACUAAAGCUAAGAUAAGAGGUGCCUUAAUGGGUUUACUGAAGCCUACACCUGUUAGUUUCAUAAUUAGCCAUUGUAAUUUAACUGAGAGACUCUUUAUGUAUCUAUUUGACCAUAUUAAUGCUCCAGGAGUACUCACUGGUCGUCAAUCUGGGUCUCUUUAUGUCCCUUCAUGUUAUACAAAGUCACAAAAUGAAUGGGUCAUAAACUUCUACAAACAAAACAAUUACCUUGAAUAUGAUGCUCUGACUCGCUUGGGCAUUUCUGAUCCUAAGGGUUACAUUAAAAGGAUAUUGUCAAAUGAAGAUAACACAUAUUUAAGUAGCUGUGUCAUUGGAGCUCAAAUCAAACAACAACUGGAGACAGCAUUAGAAGAAUGCAUAGCCUCUAAGAGCUACUUGGAUGUUGUGUCAUUGCUUCCGUCCGUUUUGUCAGAUGAAGAUAUUGAGAAUGUCUUAGAAUCAAUGUUAAAGAGUAAUUCAAAAUCAACUAUGCUAUUUGAUAAUACAGUAUUCAGCAACCAUUUCAUUGAUAACCUAAAGAAGUCUUGCCUACCUAUGGUACAAAAGAAUGUUGAUGCUGUUGUGAAAUCAGGAAAAUAUCAGCAGUUUUAUCUUGAAAAGCAGAUGAGUAAAUCAGAUAUGCAGAAAGACUCGCAUGUAGAUCAUAAAGCUGAAAGGCGUGAGGAAAGACGAAGGAAAGCCAGCUCAGGUAAAGGAGGGGGUGGAACUCAAGGCCGCGAGACAAAGACUAAAGCAGUUAAAAAGCACCCCAGGUCCAAACAGGCAGCUCAAGACUCCGACUCAGAUGAAUCGUCAAAUGUUGUAAAGAAGAGUCAAGCUAAUUUAGAAAUUGUGUCCGUCCAAGAUGUAGAGAAAGUUAUCAAGGAUGCCUUAGAUAAUGAGGGUCUGGAAGAUCUUACUACUCAAAUAGCUGAAUACAUUCAAGGGCAACUUAAUCAAGAAGCUCUCAAUAUGGCCAAGGAAAUGGCUGACAAGUUACUUCAAGAUGCCAACCAAAACAGAAAGCAAACUCACUCCUCUGCCCAAGAUCGUAUUAACGUCCUUGUUAAUGACAUAAAGUUAUAUGAAAAGGGAUUGAAAUUAUUCCCCAGUGAUCAGCAGCCUGGUUUUGUAAAGUAUCUAUUGAAAACUCUGGGUGGGGACGUACUAUCAGAGUUCUGUAAGUAUGCAGCAAAUCAAUGCAACCUUCCCAUACAGACGGACACCAUAACAGUGGAGCAGAGGAAUAAAAUAUUAAAUGAUGUUUCUGAUGAAUAUAUGAAACCGCUGAAAUCCCUCAAUGCCACAUUGUCCGAACAAACUAUGGAACAAUUUUACCAGGCCGUCGACACAUGCUUAGCCGAAUGUGGAAUGAUUUUGAAGAAAGUAGACAAGAAAAAGGACAAACUUCUAAUACAGAACCAUAGGGAGAAGCUCAUUUCUGAGCUAGAAAACUGUAAUGAUCCAGCAUUGGCACUCCACUUUGUAGUUUUGGCGCUGUUUACCCUGCUAAAUCAAAAUAUGAUGCAUGCCUCUGGUAGACAAGUACCUUCAAUUAUAGUUCAACUGAAAUCACAGUUAAAAGAUGACGACUUCCAAAAGCUUCAGAAGUUUCAUGAACUAGUUACGAAAUAUUUGAUAGCCAAGGAUGAAGAUAAAGAAGAAAUUGAAGAAAAACUUAAAGAAGAUCUACCUGAAAUCAAAAAUUUGGUCCAAGAAGUGAAAAAGUACAAAUAACUACAAUACAAUCUCUAUUUAAAUGAUGAAUUUAUGUAGUAAAAUGAAAUAAGUAAAAUAUUAUUUUAAAAUAUAAUAUUAUAUUGUUA